CAAAGUAGUUGAAGUUGUUCAUCAAGGAAAAUCAACUGAGAAUGAUAUAAUAGAUUUCCAUGGUUUCCAGAUCUCUGCUUGUCAAAUUUUCCCAGUGGCCAAUACUGUCUUUCAGGACCCACACUAUGUAAUAGAUUUCAAACCUGAGAACCAAUGGGUCCAAACAAAGUACAUGUAUCUCCUUGGCCUCGUCGAGACACUGAGCAAGCCUCCACAGAGCUUGUCUGCGACAGAACUAAGCAAUGCUCAAAGAGAUUUGACUGCGCUGAAGGAGUCAGGCUUCAAGCUUGACUGGUUAAAUUCAAAGCUUGAGGAGGUUUCCUUGGAGUGGAAGAAAGCAGCACAUUCUUCUGAUGGAUCUUCUGGGAUCCAUCAACUAGAGGAACGGGUCGAGAAUGUGGAAUUGUCUUUGUCAGAUGUCAUAGUUGAACUAGACAAGGUGAAGCUUAAAUCUGCUGCUGCUCAAGUUUCUUCGUUUCAGUUUAUAGAUUUUCUUAUAAAGAGAUUCUUUCUCUCUUGCUUCUCAUUCUCAAAAUCCUAGCUGAUGUAGCUCUUAUAGACAGAGCUUUGAGGAGUUCUCUUAUCCAAACCAAAAAAAAAAAAAAUCGUUUAAUGUUCUCUGUUUCAGUUCUUAUCAAGCUAAGUUUGAUUUCGUAUUC